UUCUUGCAGUCUUCAAGAAAUUAUGCCACCGCAGCUGCGCCUCCUAAGGAGCAGAAAAUUAAGCUGCCAUUAGCUUUGUAUGGGGGAGCUGGAAACUAUGCCUCUGCUUUGUACAUUGCGUCCAAAAAGGCUAAUGUGCUGGAUAAAGUUGAGACUGAACUACUUGACCUUGUUCAAGCUUUGGAGAAAAGUCCUACUUUUUCUCAGUUCACAAAGGACUUGUCAGUGCCUGCUGAUACGAGAGUCAAGGCAAUUACUGACAUAGCUGAACAAGCUAAAUUUUCACAAGUUACCAAGACCUUCUUGGUUGUUCUUGCUGAGAAUGGAAGGCUGAGAUCCAUUGAUACCAUAGCUAAGAAGUUUGCAGAGCUGACAAUGGCUGAUAAAGGAAUUGUGAAAGCUACCGUGACAACAGUUAUGCCCCUCCCCCCUUCGGAAGAGAAAGAACUGAAGGAGACACUGCAACAGAUUAUUGGGCAGGGGAAGCAAGUUACACUUGAGCAGAAGAUUGAUGCUAGCAUCCUUGGGGGCCUUGUGGUUGAGUUCUCGCAGAAGGUGUUUGACAUGUCCAUUAAGACAAGGGCAAAGCAGAUGGAGAGAGCUCUCAUGGAACCAGUUCAGUUCUAAACCAGUAAACUUUGGCCCACUCUGAACUGAGUCCACUUCAGUUACUUACCUACCUCUGCUUCAAAUUUCUAUUCAAUUAUAGCACUCCAUGGAGGAAACUUGUUAGGUCUCGUUUUGUUUUCUUGACUUGCCACCAUUGUGAUGUGAUGGAAAAUGCUUUAAGUUCACAAAAAUAAUAAUGGAUUGGUUAAAGGGCAACGACUUACUAAAUCUGAGGCAGAAGUUGGUUUGUUGAGCGAGUUGCACUCUUUAAAAGUCCUGUUUUUCACGUUUGUGAAGGAAUUUUUGAAAAUUUUUUGUUCAGUAAUAAUAUAUUUGUUGGUUACUACCUUAUUUUGGAUAACUUUACAAUAAUAGACUACUUUGGCCC